GCAUAUGGCGUCAAGCAAGCAAAAACUCCUUUCACAUUCUUUCUCUCCUUCCAGGUUCCAGCUUUUAACUGAAACGUGCAGCGUUGUGAUCACCAUAUGCACAGUGUGCAAGACCUCUCUGCGACAGAGAAUGGAUGAGCAUGAGGGAGAGACUCUUACCAUUUUUGAGCGUGUCAAGGUCAACGGGACCCUAACGCCGAUUACGUUCUCCGUUCACGGAAGAAUCCGGUGGGCGGAUAAGCGCCAGCGGUGCUUAACGGUGGAGAAGGACGUUCUGGGAUUUGUUGCGGAUGGUUCUACGUUUACAAUUAAGGCUAUGGUGGAGAAGGACAACGGGAUUUCUUGUGUUGGAAACCGUGGGAACCGAGUGAGGAAGGAUUUCGUGAUCGAGCCUUUAUCACAGGAGUCGCACCAGCUUUGGUGCCGGAAGCUUCAAGAAUGCAUUGAUUCUCUUGACCGGCCAAAAAGGCUCUUCAUUAUCGUGAAUCCUUUUGGGGGAAAGAAGUUUGCCUCUUGGAUUUUCCAGUAUGAGGUUAAACCACUACUAGAAGCUGCUAAUGUCCAAUAUACAGUACAAGAGACCAAAUAUCAAUUGCAUGCAAAAGAAAUUGCUCAAACAUUGGAUAUCUCAAAAUAUGAUGGAAUUGUAUGCAUCAGUGGAGAUGGUGUCUUAGUUGAGGUUGUAAAUGGGCUCCUCCAAAGAGAUGAUUGGGAUGCUGCAAUAAAAAUGCCUAUUGGGAUAAUACCAGCAGGUACCGGAAAUGGAAUGAUAAAAUCUCUUCUGGACUUUGUUGAUGAUCCUUGUUCAGUAUCUAAUGCUACUCUCUCAGUAAUUCGAGGCCAUAAGUGUUCACUGGAUGUUAUUACUAUUUUGCAAGGGGAGACCAAGUUUUUUAGCGUUUUGAUGCUUGCAUGGGGCCUGAUUGCAGAUAUUGAUAUAGAGUCUGAGAAAUACAGAUGGAUGGGAAGUGCUCGAUUGGACUUCUAUGCACUUGUGAGAAUAAUACAUAAGCGUAGAUAUAAUGGGCGUCUCUCCUUUGUGCCUGCUCCUGGGUAUGAAACUUAUGGUGAGCCAAGCAAUCAAAAUGACAGGUGCACUAAAAAAAUGAGUAAAAGCCAAGAGGAUAGUGUUAAAAGUCGACAACAUGGCUAUCAAGGGCCUGAAAUUUCAUUGGAUAGUUUGGAGUGGAGAACCAUCGAUGGACCAUUUGUUUCUGUUUGGCUUCAUAAUGUGCCUUGGGGCAGUGAAGAUACCAUGGCUGCACCUGAUGCCAAGUUCUCAGAUGGUUAUUUGGACUUGAUCAUUAUAAAGAAUUGCCCAAGGGCAUCCUUAUUAGCAUUGAUGUCAAAAUUGAGUGAUGGAAGUUAUGUUAAAUCGCCAUAUGUCCUGUAUUUGAAGGUGAAGGCAUUUAUUCUGGAGCCAGGUCAGCGUUUUAAAUGUCCAACAAAAGGAGGUAUCAUAGAUUCAGAUGGGGAAGUCCUGGCCAGAGGAGAGGGGACAUACAACUGCGAACAAAAGAAGGACUUGAUGGCCUAUGAUCGGAUCCAAAUGACCGUGGAUCAGGGUCUAGCUACUCUAUUUUCUCCUAGAUGAUAUUGGUCCUUGCGUUUCAACAUGUAUUGUUUUUUUCAUUCUUCUUAGAUAUAUACUUUGUGGUUUUCUUUUUUAUUUCCCUUGUAUAGAU